AUUGUUGGCUAUUUCAAAAAUUUUAAUUGUAUUUGACAAACAAUCACAUUAAUAUAAUGUCCCUCAUAAAUACUCCUCUAUGUGUGUUAAUUCGUAAUUCGAUAAUAGCUUCUAGUGUGCCUAGGAUGAUGACUACCCGGCAUAAUAGCUACAUGGCACCAUUCAAAGAAUCUUUAAAGUCUGCAAAAAAUGUUGUUAUUAUCACUGGUGAUGAUAUAAGCACAGAAUCCGGCGUUCCUAUUUACGGUAAAAGCAGUUUUUGGAGGAAGUAUCUGACUUCGUCACUUACAACGUCAGGAGCCUUCCUGACAUUCCCUAGUUUAGUUUGGGAAUUCUAUCAUUAUCGGAGAGAAACAGCAGCAAAAGCAGACCCUAAUGAGGCUCACAAAGCGAUAGCGUUAUUUGAAGAAAAACACGGGAAAGAUAAGUCUAUAACUGUGAUAACACAGGGUGUAGAUGGCCUCCACUCUAGGGCUAACAUUAAAAACCUAAUAGAAUUACAUGGCAGUUUGUUCAAAACAAGAUGCAUUAAGUGCAAUGAUAUUAUGACUAAUAAUGACCACCCUAUUUGUGAAGCCCUUGCAAACAAGGGAUCCCCAGAUAGCACGGCUACUAAUUCAGACAUUCCUGAAAACCUACUACCACACUGCAAUAAGUCUGGAUGUGGUGGUCUUCUUAGACCAAACAUCGUCUGGUAUGGAGAGAGCCUUGACCCUUCCUUGAUUAAAAAAGCAGAGGCAGCAAUAUCCGUUUGUGAUCUGUGCAUUGUAGUUGGGUCGCCCUCAAUGCUAUUUCCAGCAGCUCACUAUGCUCCAGAAGCAAUGGCAAAUGGGGCAAUAACAGCAGAGUUCAAUAAUGAUACUGAUACAAACUCAAACUUCCAUUAUUCCUUUGUUGGUCCUUGUAGCACUACAUUACCAGAGGCACUCCACAUUUAAACAUGUUGUUCUUGAACUGUAUUGAUUGUUAACAAUGAAAUACUUGUAUGUAAAUUAUUUUUUGUGUGUUUGUAUGAAUAGUACUUAUUUAUUAA